AUGGACAACACUUUGGAUGAAAAUAAUAUAAGUAUUUCUAUAAGUAAAGACACAGAAAUAACACCUUAUGACCAGUCAAGCACAUCUACACCAAGAAAAGAUCAUUGGAGUUUACUUCGAAACGUAGUUAGAGCUAUUACACUUUUCAGAUGUCAUGAUGUAGUUUCUAGUCAAGACCCUGAACAGCUAGUAGGAGAAAUUCAAAAAAUCCCAACAGACCACGAAUAUAGAAAAAUACAGUCAGAAAGGCGAGGGUCUUCAGCUUAUUCAGUAGCAUUAAAUGAUCUGAGAAGAGAACAACGCUGAUUUAAUUGUCUUGAAAGAGGGACCCCUGAAGAUAUUGAGCAUUUAAAAGAAGAAAUUCAAAAUGACCCGUAUAGGUAUUUAAGAAUGAGUAAUCAUCCGCUAUCUUUAUUAAAUAAACGAAACCGCCAAGGAAUGACGCCGCUUUAUUUGUCAAGCAUGAACGGGAAUUAUGAUAUAUACUAAUAAGAUGUAGUUAUUAUUACCAAUGUUAGUCAGCGAUUGUUCCUAUAUAUAAAAAUGAUUCAAAUUUCAUUCAUUUUCAUUUUAAGAAGAAUAGUCAAGUUAUUACUUGAUAGCGGCGCAGAUCAUCUUAUUACAUCAAGCAUUGGAAGUGAAGAAGUUACAUGUAUUGAAGUAGCAGCAAGAUGGAGGCAUGCACGAAUAGUUGAAUUAUUAGCGAAUAAAGAAUGGCCUAGCAACACACUUGACAAAGUUUUGAAAGAAAGCAAAUCUCCUAGCGUGGAAAAUAUUGUAAGAAAAAGUACCAAAAAUAAACCUUGCAAAAAAGCAUGCUGCUUUGGCAAGUUUUAA